AUGUCCACAUCGACCACAUCAACGGCUUCUACAUCAAGCCUAAACAACGUUGCCACGGCUGGCGAAGAUGCCUCAGCAGAGAGAACAAAAAAGAGAGACCCAGGUCGUAUAUCAAAGGUGAUCAAGUGUGGCGUCGUAGGUGAUGGCACAGUGGGCAAGACAACAUUGUUGCUCUCCUAUAUCACCCAAGCCUUUAUCACAGAGUACACACCGACAGUGUUUGACAACUUCUCGGCGAUUGAGCAGGUUGAGGAUGGCAAGCUCGUCAAUGUCAUCCUGUGGGACACUGCUGGUCAGGAUGACUAUGCUCAGAUCAGAACAACCUGUUACACAAACUGCAAAUAUGAUGUCUUUAUGCUUUGUUACUCAGUUGUGAAUCGCGACUCAUUCGACAAUGUUAGGUAUAAGUGGCUGCCUGAGCUAAAGGCCAACUCACCAGGUACACCAUUCAUCUUGGUAGGAACAAAGACAGAUAUGAGAGACAAUGCCUCACCAUCAUUGACAGGCUCAACCAACACUAUAUCAUUCAAAGAGGGACAAAAGAAGGCAAAGGAGAUCAAGGCCAAUAACUUUAUGGAAUGCACUUCAAAAGACCCAUCAAGUGUAGCAAAGGUUGUGCUGGAGGCAAUCAACAUCAUCGUGGAGAGAGACAGAGUCAAGAGGAUAAACAAUGAAAAGAUAUGGAAGAAGGAGGUCAAGAAGGAGGAAAAGGAGGCAAAGGCAGAGCAAAAGGUCAAGGAAAAGGUUGAGAAGCAGCAAGCAAAGCAGGCAGCAUCACCUGCAACACAGAAGCCACUCAAGACACCAAGUCCUCAGAAUCAAUCACCAGAGAGCUCCCCCAGACAUGAUGGCCACUAG